CUCUGUCUCGUCAGUCGGAGCUCUCUUUAACCUCUCACACCUCGCUCCACCACACGGCCCGCGCCGUAGCCUCUCGCACUCGCAGCGCCCUCUCCGCUGCUCCCCCGAGACCUCAGCCCCGCUCGUCCCGCUCUCGCGCCCGCCCAGCAUGCCGCCGGUCUCUGCCUCCAAGGCCAAGCGCCAGGCCGAGAAGGCCGCCAAGGCCGCCGCCAAGAGCGAGAAGGACGGCUCCUCCAAGGGCACCACCACCACCAACGGCUCCAGCACCGCCACGCCGCUCACCAACACCAGCGCCGCCACAUCGGUGGAGGACCUGAGCGACAUGAAGAAGCUCGCCGUCGCCACGGAGCGCAACGCCUCGGGCGUGCUCACCUCCGACAAGCAGAGCCGCGACAUCCACAUUGACAACUUCACCAUGUCCUUCCACGGCCGCCUCCUCGUCGACGGCGCCGAGAUCGUGCUCAACUACGGCCAGCGGUACGGCCUGCUCGGCGAGAACGGCUCGGGCAAGACGACGCUGCUCGAGGCGCUCGCGCACCGCGAUGUUGAGAUCCCCGAGAGCAUCGACCUCUACCUCGUGCAAGGCGAGGUCGAGCCGUCGGAGCAGAACGGCCUCGAGUACUGCAUCGAGUCGGCCAAGAAGAAGGUGGCGCGUCUCGAAAAGGAGAUCGAGAUCAUGUCCGUCGCCGACGAGGUCGACGAGGUGGGCCUCGAGCUCAAGUACGAGGAGCUCGAGGAGCUCGACCCGUCGACGUUCGAGGCCAAGGCCGGUGCCAUUCUGCACGGUCUCGGCUUCUCCAAGACGAUGAUGCACAAGCCGACCAAGGACCUGUCCGGUGGCUGGCGCAUGCGCGUGGCGCUUGCGCGUGCCCUCUUCAUCAAGCCGCACCUGCUGCUGCUCGACGAGCCGACGAACCACUUGGACCUCGAGGCCGUCGUGUGGCUCGAGGCGUACCUCUCGACGUACAACCACAUUCUCGUCUUCACGUCGCACUCGGCCGACUUCAUGGACUCGGUCUGCACCAACAUCAUGGACCUGACGCACCACAAGAAGCUCGUGUACUACGGCGGCAACUACUCGACGUACGUGCGCACGAAGACGGAGAACGAGACGAACCAGAUGAAGGCGUACGCCAAGCAGCAGGACGAGAUCCAGCACAUCAAGAAGUUCAUCGCCAGUGCCGGUACGUACGCCAACCUGGUCAAGCAGGCCAAGUCGAAGCAGAAGAUUAUCGACAAGAUGGAGGCCGCCGGCCUCAUCCAGCCCGUCACGGCGCCGCGGCCGCUGAGCUUCAAGUUCGAGGAUGUGCGCAAGCUGCCGCCGCCCAUCAUUGCGCUCGACGAGGUGGCCUUCUCGUACAGCGGCAAGGUCGAGGACUACCUGUACAAGGGCCUCUCGCUCGGUGUCGACAUGGACUCGCGCGUCGCCAUCGUGGGCCAGAACGGCACGGGCAAGUCGACGCUGCUCAACCUCAUCACCGGCGCGCUGCAGCCGACCGAGGGCACAGUGCAGCGGCAUGCGGGCCUGAAGCUGGCCAAGUACAGCCAGCACUCGGCCGACCAGCUGCCGUACGACCUCUCGCCGCUCGAGUACAUGGAGCGGAAGUACAAGGACAAGUUCCCGCAGAAGGAGAUGCAGUUCUGGCGCUCGCAGAUCGGGCGCUUCGGCCUCUCGGGCUCGCACCAGACGGCGCCGAUCCGCACGCUCUCCGACGGCCUGCGCAACCGCGUCGUCUUCUCGCAGCUGGCGAUGGAGAACCCGCACGUGCUGCUGCUCGACGAGCCGACGAACCACCUGGACAUGAGCAGCAUCGACGCGCUCGCCGACGCCAUCAAGGAGUUCCCCGGCGGCGUGGUGAUUGUGUCGCACGACUUCCGCCUCAUCAGCCAGGUGGCGCAGGACCUGUGGGAGGUGAAGGGCGGCAAGAUCGUCAACCUCACGAAGAACGGCAUGGACAUCCAGACGUACAAGAAGACGCUCAUGGCCAACUCGGCCGCGGCCAUCGAGAAGGCCAAGCUCGUCGGCAAGGGCAAGGCAUGAGCGCGUCGCUGCGUGUGUCUGCCCUCACCAUCUGCCAUAUCCUCGCUGCUUCUCUCCCAAAACACACUGCGUUGCGUCUUCGCAUGCCCUGCUUCCUCCAAGCGCGUGACGUGACCUGCGCCUG